AGGAAGGUCAAUGCCUCUGCAGGUACAUUCUUUUAAGAAGGAUAUUUUUCAUUAUUAGAAAUAUGAAUGUCCCUAAAUAUUCUAUGGAUAAUAAAGUAAAACGAGAUUUUCUUGAAUUUCUAAAAGCAGCUCACACUUUUAAAAACGAACAAUUUUGCGAUGUCGAGGAGUACAAUCUACUUAAAACUGUUGUUAAUCUAGAUAAAGAGACAAAGGAACAGCUGGCCCUUUUUUCGAACCAAACAGAUAUUUGUAUAGAUAUAACACAAAGUGAUGAUGAACAACAAAAAAUUAAGAUCACAGAUGAUAAUCACGAAGAAACUAACCUUGAAAAUUCUUAUAAAAAACCCAAAGAUGCUUCAGUAGAUAUUGAUAUUACAUUACAUAACGGGCUUGUAGAAGAAAUAAAAGAUUGGAUUUCAGGAGAAGAAAUUGUUACUCAGUCAAUUUUGAAAGAAAUCCUGGCUUUAAAUACUAUGAGCCUUGAUAAAUUGUUUAAAGAUCUUAGUAACAUUCUUACCUCGGAAGAAAUUAAAAAGUUCUGGACGUCUCUGAGUAGUAAUGAUAGUAAUAAUGAGUUAAUAUUGGCGAAAUUUCUACAGUUUAUAUUUAUCCCUAAUUCAAAACUUGCAUAUAGAUACGAGUUUGAAGAAGUAUUUCUGGCAAUUUGUGAAAAGGAUGGAAAGCUAUUAAGAUCUGAAUUGAUCCAAGAACUAACAAAAGAAUAUUGUAGUGAUAAUCAAACAAUAAUCCAGUACUUAAUUAUAUUUGAUAAUGGAUAUAAGACGGACAUUUUGAGGGACUUCGUAAAUUCAAUAGAUAAACUGCAAGCUGACUACAUUCCCAUUAUAGAAACCCUGUUGAAUCCCAAAGUAGACCAACACGUUUUUUGUCAACUGAUUGAAGUAAUGGCUUUUUACGCUAUGGAUUUUUGCACCGACAAUUCAUAUGGAAAACUAUUGUAUAAACUCGUUAAUUUAAUGGAUAAGAACUUAACGUCUUUGGAACAACCUUUAAAAAGAAUUCUGGGCACACACAAAAGCAUCUGGAAAAUGAAGAUAGAAAAGACUAUUGUUAGUUGGUUUAAUGAAACUCUUACUCAAAGCUUUAUGUAAAAAACGUACAAAUUUAUUACCAAUAAACAUGUAACUAACUAAUAAACACUUACAUAAUAAAUGUUUCGAUUGUUAUUAACA